CCGAAACUCCAGUUUGAUUGAGGCAGGGCCGAAUUUUCGCAUCAACAGUAACAGGUAUAUAUAAAUACGGAGGCAAAUUGUUUAGGGUGUGGCAACAGUACGUGGAAGCUCAAUGGACACGGCAACUCUUUGUUGGUAUUCAGGUCUCUUGUUUGGCCUCCUCCCUUUGCUUCUCCAAAUUAUCUGGCACUGGAAUGAUCUUCUAUUCUUGGCCAAACUCAAGCUAAGAUAUGGCCUUUCCGAGAACAGCAAUGGUGGUGGUCACAGGCUCCCCCCUGGCCAAAUGGGUUUGCCAUUUCUGGGGGAGACACUGAGGUUCCUUUGGUACUUUAAGAUCGCGCGCCGCCCCGACGACUUCAUCAACUCAAAGAAACAGAAAUAUGGAGAGGGAAUCGGCAUGUACCGAAGCCACCUAUUCGGCAAACCGACCAUCAUAUCAUGCACCCCAGCCAGCAACAAGUUCGUGCUGCAGUCCCCGGACUUCCCCCUAAAAUGGAUAACCCCCGAACUUCUGGGAGUCAAGUCCAUGUUCAACGCCGAAGGCACGCAACACGCCCGGAUCCGGUCCUUCGUCGUCGACGCCGUCAACAGGCCCGACUCCCUGCGGAGGAUAGCCAACGUCCUGCACCCGACUGUCGCCGCCGCACUCUGCUCGUGGUCGGAGAAGGGCACCAUCGCUGCUUAUUCUGAGAUCAAGAAGAUGACCUUCAAGAACACAUGCAAAAUGUUCGUAAGCAUCGAGCCUGGACCUCUAUUCGAAGCACUCGAUAAGUACUUCAAUGGCACGACUCCAGGAAUCAGGGCGUACCCGCUGAAUUUCCCAGGAACAGCACUCCAUUAUGCUCUCAAGUGCCGGCGAAAACUCACGGCAGUGUUCAGAAGAGAAGUGGAGAGGAGGAGGAAGGGGAGAAGUGAAGGCAACCAUGAGAGCAAGGAUCUAAUGGAUGGAUUGAUGGAUAUAGAGGAUGAAGAAGGGAAGCAUUUGAGUGAUGAUGAGGUGGUGGAUAACAUAGUCUCUUUGGUUAUUGGAGGCUAUGAAUCUGUCACCCUCACUUCCACCUGGGCUCUUUAUCUACUGUCCAAGUCACCGCAGGUUCUUCAAAAGCUCAGGGAGGAGAAUAUGGCAGUAGGAAAGCGUGCUAACGGAGAUCCGAUAACCUUCGAAGAUAUAUCAAAGCUGAAGUACACAGCAAUGGUUGUAGAAGAAUCGAUUCGGAAGGCGAAUAUUGUGUCUCUUCUUUGUCGAGUAGCUAAAAAGGAUGUUGAAUAUAAAGGCUUCAGAAUACCUAAAGGUUGGCAAGUUCUUGUUUGGAUCCGGUCGCUGCACACGGAUCCAAAAUACUUCGAUGAUCCGAUGUCCUUUGUUCCAGAGAGAUGGGAUGUACCAGUGAAGCCCAGUGGAUACCAAGGCUUUGGCGCGGGACCAAGAAUUUGUGCUGGAAAUAUGCUCGCCAGAUUGCAGAUCACUGUCAUUCUUCACCAUGCAGUUCUCGGCUACAAGUGGAAGUUAGUUAACCCUGACGCGAAGAUUAAGUACCUUCCUCAUCCACUGCCAUGCGAUGGUGCUGUCAUGGACUUCGCAGCACUUUGAUGAAGUAAUUGGGUUAGAACCAAAUGCAAUCAUACAAUGGCUCUUGCUCUGAAUUAUGGUUCUUAGGCUCUUCUGUGGUAUGUAAAAUGAAUAAUUUGCAGCAGAAGCAGAGCAUGUAUGUACUUGAAUUACUAAGUUGUAAACUUUGAGAGAUGGGAGUUUAUUUGCUUUCCAGAAACCAUAAUGGAACUUAUUGAAUCUCUACAAAAACAGGAAAUAAAACUGCACA